UUCCGCUCAACAUGGCGGCGCAGCGAAGGAACCUAAUGCAGAGCCACCAGAGCUGGACGGAUGACCUGCCCCUCUGCCAGCUGUGUGGCGUGGGCAGUGCACCGAACUGUGUCUACAGUCCGGAUGGCAAAGGCACCCAGAGCCACCCAUAUGAAGAUGGCCAUUUCCGGUUCAGAGGUGAGGACUGCUUCCUGUACGGGGUGUUCAAUGGCUACGACGGCAGCAGGGUGGCCAACUUCAUGUCGCAGUGUCUGACGGCAGAGCUCCUGCUGGGGCAGCUCAACUCCACGCACUCCGACGCAGACGUCCGCAGGAUCCUGUCACAGGCAUUUGAUGCGGUGGAGAAGAGUUACUUUGAGACCAUUGGUGAUGCUCUGGCAGAGAAAGCCAACCUGCAGUCGCAGAUCCCUGAGGGGUUGCUCUUCCACCAGCUGACCCCUCAGUGCCAGAAGCUCUCUGAUAGGCUGGGCGUGCUGGAGCAGGAAGUCAACGGUGGAGCCACUGCAGUGGUGGCCCUCAUCCUCAACAACAAGCUGUACAUCGCCAACGUCGGGACCAAUCGCGCGCUGCUCUGCAAGUCCACCAGUGACGGCCAGAACCAGGUGAUCCAGAUCAGCCGGGCCCACACCACGGACAAUGAGGAUGAACUGGCCAGGCUGGCACAACUGGGCCUGGACCCCAAUCGUCUGCGUCAGACCAGUCUGCUCGGGGGCCAGAGCAGCACCCGCCGCAUCGGCGACUACAAGGUCAAAUUCAACUACUCGGACAUGGACGUGCUGAGCGCUGCAAAGAACAAGCCAAUCAUCGCCGAACCAGAGAUCCACGGAAGCCAGUCAUUGGAGGGCGUGACGGGCUUCCUGUUGCUGAUGUCCGAGGGGCUCAUCAAGGCUCUGGAGUCCGCCCACGGGCCCGAACAGGCCAAUCAGGAGAUGGUCGCCAUGGUAGCGGCGGAGCUGGCGCAGCAGAGCACCCUGGAGGCGGCGGCCCAGUCGGUGGUGGAGCGCGUCAAGCGGCUGCACCACGACGCCUUCGUCAGCGGCCGGCAGCGCGCCUCGCACUGCUCGCGCCACGAGGACAUGACCCUCCUGGUGCGCACCAUCAACUACGCGCUCGCCGACGGCUCCCUCACGCCUACGCAAGGUGGGCGCAUCUACCCGGUGUCCGUGCCUUACUCCAACAACCAGAGCAGCACCAGCAAGACGAGCGUCACCCUCUCCCUGGUCAUGCCCUCUCAGGGCACACUCACCAACGGCACCAACACAGCAUCCACCCUGGAGGGAGGCACCCCCACGCCUGGCCAGAGCCCCACCGCCACCCUCCAAUCCACCAACACCCAGACCCAGAGCUCCAGCUCCAGCUCGGGCGACGGCAGCCUGUUCCGCCAGAGGGGGAGCCAGGCGGCGCAGCCCGACGAGACGGGACGCGUCCCCCCUUACGUGGACUUCAGCGAGUUCUACUCGCUCUGGGGCUCGGAGCACAGCGACGGCCAGAGCACCCAGAGCGGCCUGGGGCCUCAGUAGUGGAGGAAGGAGGCCGGGCCAGGAGGUGCGUUUCUCAAAAGCAUAGUUGUUAGCCAGUUAGCAACUUCGGUAGUUACCAAUGGGAAAUUGCAUUGCAAACAACAAAAGUAGCUAAUGUAGUUAGCAACUAUGGUUUUGAGAAAUGCACCGCGGGGUACCGUGGAUCAGAUGGAGAGACUGGACUUUGGGGUGGAAAGGCAAAAGGUGUCUGUGGCAUUGGAUCUUCAUUGCGUACAGUGUUGUUGUCCGAAGACAGUGGUAUCUGUAUGCGUGUAUACCAGUGCAAAAAAACAACAACAAAAACACCCACCAGGACUUGACUUUGGGGGCUGGGCUUGGGGGGGGUGUGGGAAGGCGAAGGUGUGGCAUUGGAUGUUGGUUGGAUGGGGUUGUUUGAAGGCAAUGGUGUCAGUCUAUUUGUACCAGUGUAAAACAUAUGCUGGUAGACACCAAGAUCAAACCAGCAAAGAGACAAUGUUUUCAUGCAUGAGCUUGCGUCACUACUACUCACAGAUGUUACGACAUCUUUUACAGAUGUUCUACCUGCAAAGACUGGCCUACAGUAGGCCUGCGUACAGUACGUACAUCUGGGCUUUAUGGGGAGUUUAUGGCCUCUUGCGGCACACACACACACACACACACACACACACACACACACACACACACACACACACACACACACACACACACACACACACACACACACACACACACACACACACACACACACGGCAUCAAACUUCAAGGUUUGCAUUUUUGCUCUGUACGCUGCAAUCUUGGCCCGUUGCACCCUGUUAUCAUGCAUAUGUAUUUUAUGGAAGAAGAAAAAAAUCAUGAUCUAUGAUUGAUCGCAGAUGGUCAGCUGGUCAACUGGUGAGUGGCAUUAGCUCGUGCACAAAGUAUAACGUUAUUGGCACAUUCCAUCGCUGUGGGCCGCACGUGUGUUAUCUGUUGAAAAUGUGGGUUCCACAAAAAAAAGACUCUAUGCAAAACGUCUAGAAUUUUUAGAGGCCAUCGAAUGUUCUGUGGUUGGGUGAAGUACUAUUGUAGUAAUGCCACCGCAGCUCUGCUGGCUACACAAUCUUGAAAUAAUAUCAUGGCUUCAUUUUAAGAAGGGAAUCUACAUACUGUACACCUCAUUUAAAAAAAAAACAAAAAAAAACAUUGCCUUCAUCAUCGAGUUGUGAGCCAAAGACCAUGGCCAGGUAAAUAAAGGAGGUAUUUCUCCAAAGGAAUAGCCUCUGCCCCAACAUGAAACGUGGUGGUUGCAAAAUUGACACCUAUCAGUGUAUUUUUUUUAUUUUAUUUUUUUUAUUACUUCACAUGUAUUAUGACGUAUUAUUUUUAACCAUUAUAUUUUUUGUUGAUAUCAUGUCUGUCAGUUCCUCCUCUUCCUCCUUCCUUCUCUUUUUCCUUUUCAAACAGCUGCGUGGGGAUCAGCCACAGAAGCAUAUGCGUUUGACCAUGCUUUUUUGUUCUUUUAUUAUUAUUAUUAUGCGGUGAAGUAAUUAAGAAUGGAUCACACUCAGUUCUCUUCUUCUUACUUUUUAUUUUCUUUUUAUUCAUACAUUGCAGGGUCCUGCAAUGUAUGAAUAAAAAGAAAAGAAAAAGGACCCUGCGAUGUACGAAUAAAAAGAAAAGAAAAAGAAAGAAGGAAAAACUGAGUGCCAUCCAUUUCCUAAUUACUUGAUGACUGUAGAGACGCACCAACAAGACGGAAGAGCGCGGUGUGUGGAAGAUAAUUAUGUGGUGAAGAAAUACAGUCAAUAUCGCACUGUUGAUUCAACACUGAGAGAGCUUGAUUUAACACUCUAGUUGUUUCUACUCUCUUAAGUACUGAAUUAACACUUGCACAUUUUAAUCAUAUGGUAAAGAAGUAUGAAAAUCAGUCUGUGGGUGGGUGAUGAAUGGGUGGCUGUGAAGUGUGAAUGCCAGCAGCAACCUGUCACCUGUGACGAGCCUCAUCCUACUGCUGCUGCUGCCCAUGACGGCCCACUUGCUGUCGCUUGCCAUCGCUUGCCUUCGCCUCUCUCAUAGGAAUGAAUGGCAAAGUUUGCAAAUUCGCGUGUAUGUGUCCCUACCGUUAGAGAGGACCAGACCAGGCCCCCCUGCAGGUCCCUGAUGCUAAAGAAAGAGGAGGAGGUCAGACGGGUUGGAGGGGUUAUGUGACCUGGUGGAGGGAUUUGAAGACGGUGGUUCAGUUGGACCACCUAGUUUUUUAAGAAAUCCCGUAGACUGUCCUUUCCACCAACAAACUUUAAUACUAUUUUUUUAAGUAUUAAAGUUUGUUUGUGGAAUGGACAGUGUGCAGGAUUUCUUUACUUAAUAUCCUACGCAACUGCCCAACUACAGAGGUGUGCAAAAGCGUCGUCUUGAACUGAAAACCUAGUUGUUAACAUGGAGCUAUUGGUAUAUCAGCUAUUAAGAGUCUGGAGCCUUCACAAAAAAAGUAAACCUGAAGGCAAUGCUGUAUAUUCUUGGUUUACUGCUUUCCGUAGGUUGACUUAAGACAGUUUUAUCACUUUACCAUGUUCUUGAAAUACUCCCCUGAGCUGUAUAGUACCUGGGUUGUCAGCACUUGGAUGUAUCUGAAUCUACGAAUGUCCACACCUGUGUAUAAUCUGUGUUUAUAUUGUAUGAUGUGUGGUGUUUGUGUGCUUAAUGUAUCGCGAGCAUUAGUGCCUUGCAGGAGUAAAGUCUUAGAAAUUGA